GGCUGUCCCUGCUGAGAAGCCUUUGCUGUGGCCAUGGCGUGGCUGGAGGUCAGCGGGGGCGUGAGUCAGGGGCGAGGAGCGCCGUGCCCUCGCCCACCCCGCCGCCCGUCCCGCCGCCGAGCAGGGCCGCGUGGGCCAUUGGCUGCGCCGGGCCCCGCCUCGCCUCCCAUUGGCGGAGCCGCUCGCCUCCUCCGUCUCAUCUGGACCCGGCAGCCCUGCCGCCGGUUGCAGCUCUUCCAGCCCGACCGCGGAGGCACCGGAGGAUGCCUGCUCACCGGCCCUCCCUCGAGAAGAUGAAGGCACAUUCCUGCUUCAUUUUUUUGUUUUGUGGGAUAUUUUUGCCCAGAAUCCUUGGUUUUCCGCAGACAAAUACUUCAAUUGACUGUGAUUCUCUGUUACCAAACUAUGGAGCUGAACCACAGACAUCUGCACCACCAUACAUUAUUGCUGUAUCUUUUGAUAACUUUGAACCAGGAAAUGAAAUCCAAGUGAGUUUAGAAGCCCUUAAGGAGGCUGGCUUUAAAGGAUUUCAUCUACAAGCUCGAGAAUUGGAAGGAGAUGUUCCUGUUGGUACUUUUAAAAUUACAGAUCCAAACACAAAAGGCUUGGAUUGUCAUAACGUGACGAAUUCAGCAGUAAGUCAUGCAAAUUCAGAUCUGAAACAGAAAGUUACAACUACAUGGAUUGCACCACAUGAUAUUAGAGAUCUUCAAUUUAUUGCAACUGUUGUUCAAGAUGUAGAGAAAUUUUGGGUCGGAGUUCAAAGCAAAACUGUCACACCUACACAUUCUGAAUCAGUUAAUGGGACAGGAAAAAGUAAGAGGAAGAUUAUGAUAGAAGUAGAAUGUACGAAGCGUGGAGGGACUUACACACCACAAGGUGGAUGCGUCCUGGUCGGACCCUCCGGAUCCUCCCAGAGCAGCUAUACAAGUGGUCAGGGUGGAGUAGUCUACUCAAUAAGCAAGAGUGGAUGUGUCCCAGGAGGUGCUGCUGAUGCAUAUGGCAGACAUGCCUGCAAAGAUAGUGCAUCCUCAUAUAGCCCUGGUCUUACCUAUGGCCAGUCUGUCCCUGCUAGCAGUUCAGAUUCCAGUAAGAAGGUAGUGGUCAUUCCUAACAGCAACCCUUUUCCACCUGUGCGUCAUACGUACCCGCAGAGCUUGGGCAGUUCUGCUACUAAAAUCAUAAUACAGAGUGGACAAAAGCAACAAAGCAGCAGCAGUACUUAUGUUCAGGGACGACCAAGCUACUCAGGGAGCAGCAGCAGCUCUUACGGCCAGGGCUACCAGCCUCAAGGUGGCAGUUCCUAUGGCCAGGGCUACCAGCCUCAAGGUGGCAGUUCCUAUGGCCAGGGCUACCAGCCUCAAGGUGGCAGUUCCUAUGGCCAGGGUUACCAGCCUCAAGGUGGCAGUUCCUAUGGCCAGGGACGACCAAGCUACUCAGGGAGCAGCAGCAGCUCUUACGGCCAGGGCUACCAGCCUCAAGGUGGCAGUUCCUAUGGCCAGCAGGGUGGAUAUCCUUCUUCAGGUGGUAGCAGUGGUUGUGGACAAGGUACUUCGUAUGAUGGCAAUCCCUGCCACCAGGAUGGAUCACAGGGUGGUAGCCAGGGUGGCUCAUACUCACAAAGCUAUGGUGGCAGCCAAAGUGGCUCAUCAUCCUCACAAGAUUAUGGUGGCAACCAGGGUGGAUUCUCCUCACAGAGCUAUGGAGAUGGCCAAGAGUCUUCGGAUGAUAAUCCCAAUGCUUGUGAUGAUAAUGACACUACAUAUAGUGCUAAUGGUCAAAGUUCUGGUUGUUCAAACAGGAAGGUUCUUGUUGCACGUGAUACAUCACAUGUUUUGAGCAAAAGAGACUAUGAUGUACAGAAUGAAUCUUCUACUUCAAACAGCAACCACACCAACAUCCAGGGCGGAUCAUUUAUUGCAACCAGUGGUGGAUCAAGUAGCCAGGGUGGUUGCAUUUGUCCUGAUGGAAGCAGUGGUAUUAGACAGGGUGGAUCUUCCGUAUAUGGUGGCAACAGUGGAUCUUACGGUCAGGGAUCCCCAGGUUCUUCACCCAGCACCUACUCUGGUAACCAGGGUGGAUCCCCCUUCUACCCCAGUGGAUCUUAUGGACAGGGAGCACCAGGUUCUUCACACAGCACUUACUCUGGUAACCAGGGAGGACCUUCCUUCUAUCCUGGUGGAUCGUAUGGGCAGGGAUCCCCAGGUUCUUCACCCAGCACCUACUCUGGUAACCAGGGUGGAUCCCCCUUCUACCCCAGUGGAUCUUAUGGACAGGGAGCACCAGGUUCUUCACACAGCACUUACUCUGGUAACCAGGGAGGACCUUCCUUCUAUCCUGGUGGAUCGUAUGGGCAGGGAGGAUCUUCUGUCUAUGACAGCAGCAGUGAAUCCUAUGGUCAGGAUGGAUCUUCCACAUACGGUGGUGGUGGACCUUAUGGUCAGGAUUCACCUUCCAUAGGAGACGGUGAAUCUGAUGAAAGUGAUUCACCCUCACCCUCGCCAUCUGGCAGCCAGCAGAGUGGAGCGGAUUUUUAUUCACCAGGAGGCAGCCAAUCAGGUGGACAUGGAUCAUCUUCUCAAGGUGGUAGUUACCCCAGUCGACAGGGCUCACCUUCGUCAGGAAGCAGCCAGUAUGGUGGGCAGGGUUCACCUUCUUCAGGAGGCAGCCAAUCUGGUGGACAGAGUGGAUGUGAUUGUUCCGGGGGGAGCUCUGGUGGAUCACCUACCUUAGCCAGAAGUGAUUCCUCUGCAAAUGGUUCAUCAUCUUCUGGAGGCAGCCAGUACAAUAGACAAGAUUCACCCUCACCCUCGCCAUCUGGCAGCCAGCAGAGUGGAGCGGGUUCCUAUUCCUCUGGAGCUAGCCAGUAUGGAGAACGGGGAUCAUCAUCUUACGGAGGCAGCAGUUACAGUGGACAGGGUUCACCCUUUUCAGGAGGAAGCCAGCAUGGUGGGCAGGGUUCACAUUUCUCAGGAGGCAGCGAGUAUGGUGGACAGGGUCCCUAUUUCUCAGGUGGCAGCCAUUAUGGAGGACAGGGUGUGGCUUCUUCAGAAAGCAACCAGUAUAGUAGACAGGGCUUUCCUUCAGGAGGAAGCCAAUCUGGUGGACAGGGUGGAUGUCUGUGUCCUGGUGGAAGUUCAGGCUCUCCUGCAGGAAGCAGCUACUAUGGUGGACAGGGUUCAUCUCAUUCUGGAAGCAGUCAGUACGGUGGGCAGGGCUCAUCUUCUGGAGGCCAACCACAUGGUAAACCAGGUUCAUCUUCCUCAGGAGGCAGACACCAAGGAAAGCCAGGGUCUUCUACUUCAGGAAACCCUUAUUCUGGUAAACAGAAUUCAUCUCCCUCAGGGGGCAGCCAAGUGAGCUCUGCUGGGAAACACUCCAGUCCUGGAGUCCUGCUGCUAUUGAGUGCUUUGAGUGCCUUUGCUGCCUCUGCUGCUAUCUCAAAGUGGUCUAUAUGAACUUCUGAAGAUGUACCUGGCAUCCUAGACAUUGAUUAUACUCUGUAAUAUUAGAUUAACUACUUGUUGUAAGAAAAAAAAUUAAGUCAAAUUGGCAUAUGUUAUUUGGCUGUUAUGUUGUAUGUCUGUUUAAUAUGCAAUGCCUCUGAUUAGUUUACCUUUAGUUUUAGUAAUUAGUAGAUGUCAUUAGUUUUAUCAGCGUUUUAGACAUCAUUUUAACAGAGCAUAUUGUGCCCUACCGAUAUGAUUUUUUUUUUAUUUCCAACUAGGAAUGUGAUGAAUACUCAAUUGAAAUUUGAUUUGUUGCUUAGAAAAUAUUUGGUUACUAACCAAAAGGAGGGGUAAGGGGGAUCAAACAAAUUGCUCUGUAUGCAAACCGAGCACUGUCACUGGUCAUCAUCACAUAAAAUGAAGCUAAUUACAAUUUCUGGUAAUCAACCCUUCAUGGGACAGAAGAAGAGAGGCUAAGAUAAUAUCCGAGUGCUGUUUUAGUGUGUUGUAGUUAAAUUCAAGUUCAAUAUGGAGGUUGCAAAGCAGAACAAAUAUUUCAUGGCUCUGAAACUUGGGGGGGGGGGGGGGGGGGGAUGUUAAACUUCAUCCACUGGAGAAAUCAAACAGCCUAGAGCAAAGAAAUAUUAAACUCUGUUCAAACCAACUGCAAAUGCCUGGAGUUCUGUAGAGCAGCACAGAAGGCAGCGUAGUGCAGAUUAGGCUGAUAGCCUAUAAAGUGCUGGAAAACAACAUUUUCACUGGGAAUUAAUGGAAAUUUAAUUAAGUUCAUAAAACUGAUAAAAUCCUGAGAUUGGCCCCUUUUCUCAAGUAUUUUGUCUAACCUGUGAUACCUGAUGUAUCUGCAAGUUUAAUUUCAAGAAUGAUGAUACCUGAUGUAUCUGCAAGUUUAAUUUCAAGAAUGAUGCUGAAAUCUACACAGCAGUACAGUAAAUGGGGUCACAGAAAACCAUGGCCAAUCUUUGGGUUCAAAAGCAGUUCCACAUUUUGCAGCACAUUCUUUUGGAACUGGUCGAGUGGUCUUAUCUUUGUGUAGUGACCAGUGCACUGGCAUGUAGUUCAUAGUAGUGUGUUCAUUGUAUUAAUGAUAAUACAUGUUAUAUAGUAUUACCCCUAAUACAACUACUGUAACAGUUUUAACUGCAUGGUAGGCUAGUGUUUGAUGUUAACAAAGGGUAUUCUUCAAAAACAUACUUCUAAUUAAUGUUUUGUUGAACAUGUGCCUAGUAUUAAAAUUAUAUUUGUUACUUGUC